AGUGUUCGUGUCUACAAGUGUACAGUACAAUUAAUGAUUGGGAAAUAUUAGCGAUUAAUUCAGUGGUAGCUAGGCUACAAGGCACGGGACAUGUUCGCUUUGUUUUUGUUUUUCCUAGCAGCAAGCCGAACUCUUCGUUUACUGAGAUAUGAAAGUAUUUUUCUGUAAUUUGCAGUUUAACUUGGCUCAAGAUUUCACACUGAUCACACAUCAGCAGUAUACAUGAACAAUAUAUUUCAUGUAACAUUAGCCACCCAAUGGCUUAGAUCGAAAAGUUGACAAGUCCCUUAAGUAGAUUUUGACAAACAGUUAGCUACCACUUUUUUCAGUGUUGUCAAAAAUGGAAAUGUUCUCUAAAAUAGAUCUACCACAUCAAUGGUAAUGCCCAUAUGUGAAAUCAAUCCCAGGGGGAAACCUUGGUUCAGUAUUACCUCGGUCUUCAGACGGUUGCAACGCGCCAGCUCACAUAAAAACAUUUAAUAUGAAAACAUCUUGGCAGGGUUAUUUAGCUAGAUCUGUGCACAGCAGCAAAAGUAAGAUCAACAUGCGAGAGACAGUUUGGUUAAAAACGUGACUACACAGUCAAACGAAAAUGGCCUGUAGUUUGGCUACUUUACUAUCACAGUGUAGAAACGUGGGCAUUGUCUUGUCAACGGGUCAAAGUUUUUAUGAAGUGAUGUAAUCCACCAGGUGAGAAAAGGAAAAGGCGAUCCUCACAGGAUGGCUUUUUAAUAUAGGCUAGUCAAACUAGAGUAACCUGCCCUACUUCGUAAUGGAAACUAGUAACCUUCGACUAUUGGUUCUAGCUUGACUGACGGUUUACCCCCGUGUACUCUGAUUGUACGUCCCUACCUAUUGGAAUACAGCUUCGAAGUUGAUUUGAGUAGGCAAUCUCCGAGAUAAAACUCAGAAGAUAAUUUCAGUUUAGACCACUAAUCAUUGUAAUAAUGUUUGUUCAAAUAACCCCAGGCCGUCAGCACUUUACUGAACGCGACAUAAGCUUUAUAUAUCAUGUAAAUAAUAAUUAUAAUAAUUAUAAUAACAAUAAUACAAUUCAAGGAGAAGUAUCGAAAUAGAACCAAGAUUUGUGGAAAAAAUGAUGUCGUUCUUCUGGGCACCAAAUGCUAAUGAAAAUAGCGUGAUAUUUUAAUUUGCCUUUCAUAAUCCAUAGAUCUUUAACACCUUGAAGGCAGAUUUGAAAAAUUUCUGAUCUGUGAAAACAUUUAUAGGCUACGUUCUAUCUUCGAAUUAUUUUCAUCCUUAACCCUCUGGCAUCCUCGUAGCGCUCUGUUAAAUAAGUUAUAUCCACUAGGGGGCAGAACCUUGUCAGUACAUGUAAACUGUCGAACAAGUGGGGAUAAGGUUUCUGCUCUUUGGACACUUUCGCCUUUUCUUUUCUGGCUCAGUUUGAUUUUUCUGGGGGCGACAUUGGCUCAGGUGGUUAGAGCAGUCAUCUGGCAGUCGGAGGGUUGCUGGUUCGAUCCCAUCGUGGGUGUGUCGAAGUGUCCCUGAGCAAGACACCUAACCUCCAGUUGCUCCUGAUGAGCCGGUUGGUGCCUUGCAUGGCAGCCAAUCGCCGUUGGUGUGUGAGUGUGUGUGAAUGGGUGAAUGAGAAGCGUCAAUUCUGCAGUGCUUUGGAUAAAGGCGCUAUAUAAAUGCCAGCCAUUUACCAUUUCCGUUAUUGAUAAUCUGCCUGCCAUUGGGGUAAUCAUGAUGGCUGUUGUUCCAGCACUGGUUGGGCUGUCCUUCAGUGGAGCCAUUGGCCUGACCUUCCUCUUACUGGGCUGUGCACUGGAGCAGUAUGGGGUUUACUGGCCACUGUUUGUCCUGAUGUUCUACAUCGUGUCCCCCAUCCCCCACUUCAUCUCUAAACGGCUGAGCGACGACACCGACUCGGCCAGCAACGCCUGCCGGGAGCUGGCCUACUUCUUCACCACGGGCAUCGUGGUGUCCACGUUCGGCCUGCCCAUCGUGCUCGCCCGCGCUACUGUGAUCAAAUGGGGUGCCUGCGGCCUGGUGAUGGCAGGGAACGCGGUCAUCUACCUGACCAUUCUGGGCUUCUUCCUGGUGUUCGGCGGCGGAGACGACUUCAGCUGGGAGCAGUGGUAGCGGGGCCGGGGUGGGAGGCCAUUUCGGAGGGCGAAGGGAGGGAGCGUCGCUCCACGGAGCACAAAGCCAUUCGACGCGAUUUCACUACUAACCAAAGCAUCGCCACGUUUAUAUCGAUUAUCCAGGAGCUGGGCAGGAAGGUGUGUCUGUUGAGGCCAGAGAAAUGAUGGGAAGAGGCCGUCUCCACUUAUUUAACCCUCCCCUACACGACAUUACCGAACACGACGCGGAAUCACCAAAAAUAGUCACGCUUAUUCCACUUCCACCAUUUCCUGUUUCCGCCGAUUGAAAAUUGCAAUUUUGAGCAUAUGAGGUACUUUCAGACAUAAUGGCAUCUUAAUAGAUAAUUCACGCCACUGCUUUAAAACCGUUUUCUUUGUUUUGUAGUCUAGUUUUUUUCCACUGGAAGAUGCAGCAGUUCCCUGUGAAUGUACACAGAUUUUUUUGCUGUGUACAUUACGGUUGAAUAUGGCAGUCGUCAUUAAGAAAGUGUUGAUUAAAAAAAUAUAGAAGCUUCAAAUGUUAGAAACGACAUGAAGGAAUUUCAUUAAAGAGGUCAAUGUGAUGGAACGUGCAGUCUCCAACUCCCAAUGAAAAAGUAUGUGUCUAUAAGAAGCAAUAUAUCAGAUAUAAAAUACAAUGCAUAUAUUUUGUAUUUAUGUAAAAGCAUAAUGAAAAAACGAAUAACUCACAAAAAUAUCACCCUAUGUCACUGUAAUAUACACCGUUUUUUUGUGCAUGGUGUAUUACUUUAUUAUACUGGAUCGAAUUUGGCAACAUAUUUUACAUGUAUGUGUAUCAAUGUAGAUUAUAUUACUUCCAAAUUUGUGCACACAUACAGUAUAUAGUGUCUUUUACUGUAAGAUAUAUAUUUCAUAUAUUUUGAACUUUAUUAUAGCAUAUUACUUUUUCAUAAGGUCUACCAAUCGACAUACAGAUAUCAGGUUUUAUUUAUUUGACGGCUUUGGGCAUAACCGUGGUAUGGUGUCGUUCACUGUCCUCCGAACCUUGGUUUCGCUGUAUAAAUUCACACUUCGAUUAUCAAUCCCAAUACAGGUGGAAUGCUUCGGUGGAAUGGCGUUUUACAUAAAAGGAAUGUAUAUUCUGUGCCUGUUUAUUUUUUGUUUUCUUUUUCAUCUUUGUAAAGUACAGUGACAUUGGUGGUAAUGAAGUGCUUUUUGUAUUUAACCAUUAACCUCUGAUCCUGUUGUCUUUGUGUGUGUUCAGACAUUGAGGGAAAGCUUUAUUUGGAAAACAACUGACAUUAAUUUGUUUCUGCAUUCAGUUUUGAAAUGAUACGCCAUUUUGUUGUGCACCUUUCCUCAUCCCACCAUACGAUCCUGCCUACUGGGGAAGCUUUGCACCUGACAUUUCAUGCUGACCAAAGUUUUAUUUUGUCUUUGUAGUUGACGCAAGUCUACAUUUUAUAAAAAGUCGCGAUUUGUCGACAGAUUUAAUACUAAACAUUGUUCUCUUGCACUCUGUAUCCUUCAUUGAUUAAAGCACUUUUAGAAAAUGUCGAAAA